AACGCACAUAUACUGUCAAAGUGAAGCUUUGCAUGUAGUUCACUAGUCUUUCUAACACGGCUAUUGUCUUGUGUUUUGAAUAAUUGUUUAUUUGGGUGGGUGAGAUGCGUAUCAUGCGGAACCCAAUGUGUCUCAAUGUUCCAGCCGGCGCCUUUUCGCUGACGGACCGCUGUUUGUUUUGACGUUAACAGCUGUAGUCCGAGAGCGUCUUACACAUUUACAAACAUGAAUGAAAGCACAACAUGACUGGCGCGUAAACCGGAAUGGAUGACGACGAGCUUUCGGCAUUCCGAGAGAGCUGGAAACACGAGUUAGAAAAAAAGACAACAACUAAAGACGAAGGAUAUUUCGGGGAGCCCAGUAACGACAGGUCAUCUUCCAACCAAAACGCCAGCUUCUGGGAAAAACAACAGACUAAAUCCAGACCGAAAGAGCAGCCGCAGUACUUGUCGAUCGCCGAGGGUCUGUUGGAGGGCAGAACCAGUCCGCUGUUGGACAGGAUCGAGGAGGAGAGAACGCGUAGGAAGCGCGCCCCCGAAAGCGAGGCGCUCCACAAAAGUGCGCCUCCGAAAAAAGUCAGCUCGUGCAACAAACUCCUUGACCAGUUUCUUCAAGAUUUGAAUGAAGUGAAUGAAAUCCCGUUCUUUGAUGCGGAGUUGCCAUAUGAACUUGCUCUGAAGAUCUUCAACUUUCUGGACAGAACAGAUUUGGGCCGAUGUGCUCAGGUGAGUAAAUCCUGGAAGGUGUUGGCAGAGGAUGAGGUGUUGUGGCACAGGUUGUGUCUAGGGGAAGGUUAUCACAGCGGUGCAAAUGUCUCAGACUCUCCCUGCUGGAAGAGCAUGCUCAGAGACUGUCGAAACAAUGAAAACGUUGUGAAGUCUAACUGGAAGAAUCGCGUUGGGUCCAUUUGUAAUCUGCAGUACGAGUUAGGGAAAGUGUUGUGUGAUGUCAGUUCCUGUGGUGGACUUGUUAUCGCUGGAUACACCUCUGGUGAUGUCCGUCUGUGGGACACACUUCAUUGGGACACAUCAUACCUGCGAACUACACAUUCCAUCAGAAACGAAAGCCCAGCGCCUCACAUCAGUCAUGUACAUGUCAAUAAGACCAUAGCUACAGCUGCUUAUGAGAACGGUUGUGUAGAUGUUUGGAGCACUGAAACCGGUCUUGAACCCAUUCAUCAGUACCAGCACCUACAGAGGGUUCAUGCUCUUGAUCUAAGCCCAGAUUGUCCAGCAUUGGCCUCCGCAUCAGGACCAGAGGUCUGGUUAGACGCCCCAGAUGAGCGGGGCUACUGGAGAUCACAAUGUCUCAUUCAGUUACCCAAACCUGUAGAUGGGGUGCUGGUGGUCCCCGGUAGGCGGGACUUUCAUUUGGUCACGGCGUGGGCUGGUGAAAGCGUUUACCUAUUGGAUUCCAGAUGGAAGAAAGUAGAGGAACCGAACGUAUUUCAUUCUGUGUACGGCCAUCCGGUGACCUGUGUGGAUGUGACGGCGUCCAGAGCUGCCCUGGGUGUGAAGAGCUGUGGAUGGGGGAUGAAUGAUGGGGGCAACAAGAUUCAGCUGUACAGCCUGGAGACAAGCCAGUCCGAAUUAACCGUGGGGAACUCGGCUGGAGACUUCACCUGUGUUAACCUGAGAGACAGCCCUCCUCACCUGCUGGUGUGUGGAAACAAAGACAGGCGAGUGAGAGUGUUUGACUUGCGUACUGGGUCCUCUGUGGUUUCUUUAUACGCCCAUCACAUGGGCGUAACCACAGUCCAGGCAGAUGAUUGGAAGAUUGUGAGUGGUGGUGCCGAGGGAUUGGUCAGUGUGUGGGAAAUGAGGAUAGGAGCCAAACUCUGGGAAAUGCACAACAGGCACCCAGUCCGACACGUAAAAUUUAACAGCAGUACUCUUGUGACUGCUAACAUCCCCGAUGAGAAGAGUCCUCGUGGGGCUUGCAUUACAGACGAUGACCUCACCGCUCACCGCAGACACAGGGGGCUGAUCUGUCACUACGAUUUCUCCAUGGACUCAUCUACACAAGAUCACAUUCUGCCUAUCUGCAGAUCCAACUACAUAGAUUCUUCUGGAUACAACUAUAACAUUGGAUUGGCGAUGCCUUAUGACAUAUUGCAUAGCCCUUAGAUUAGCAUUUGAUAUGCAGAUCUUUUGGGUGAGGCUGCUACUAUAUAUUUUUUAUUUAAUUGCAAUUUAAACCAUAAUUUGUGGGCAAAAAACACAAGACAGAUAAAUUUAAAGUUCUCUGUAUUUAGAUGGCCCACUUUUAUACGAACUGUAUGAAGUUUUUAAUUCAGUGUUAUUUGCUGAAUGUAUACCGUAAACGUUCCUUAAAAAAACAUUUUUUUCAAGAA